CUCCACCGGUGUAAUAGUUGUUCUAGUUUUCAUAUCAUCGUCUCCGUUCGAGUUCCGGUGACUCUAGGGUUUCGAUUUUUCACUCCGAUCAGAUAUUAUCUUCGAUUUGUUGAAGAAUGGCAUCACUUUCUUCUUCAAGAACCACUACAACUAUGCCCAAUGCUGCUUCUGCUACUGCUGAUCUCACAAAGCAAUUGAGGAGCCAUGAAGUCGCCAUAGCCGAGCUUAACAACCUUCCUUCUUCCAGAGGUGUCUAUCACAGAAAUGGGAACUUGUUUUUUCGGACAACCAUUCAAGCAGCAACAACAUUGGAGCAGAAACAACUCGAUUCAGCCAAAGCCAAGCUAAAAACUCUGAAUUCCUCUUCAUAGUUAUAUGCUAGAACUGAACUCUGGUGGUUUGGAAGUAAUGCAGCAUUUUCCACCGCGUUAAGGGCAAUGAGCCAAGGUGACAUGUUAUGUCCUAGAUACUCUGUAUGUUAUUAUUAAUGCAUUCACACUAAUGACAUCAUUCUAGGCUGCAAAAUGAAAGUCUCAUGAAUACAUUGAAAAUUGAGAUACUUUACCAAUAUGAAAUUUUCCUUUUAUGAUCUUUCCGCAACUUGUAGGUCCAGGUUUUUUCAAUAACUUUUCUUUGUUAGUGUUCUCAUUGCUUUUUGACAUUUUAUUAUUGUAAUGUUAACCUAUGAUGCAACUGUAGCUUUUGAACAAAUUGUCUAUUUCUGGUCCACUAGUGAGGUAGGCCAUAUUUUUACCUUAACAA